UUGAUCCGGAUCAGUUCAGCUCCUGAUCCAGUUGAUGCUGCUUGCAGACUAUUUACAUCAGUCAGGAUAGACUUACUAGCUAGCUAUCUAGCUAGUGGAUAUGGCGGCUAUAGUACUAUCAGUGUGUAAGAAGAUCUACGAGAUCAAGGACCUGAUUCCUAACCUUCUUAAACCAAGUGGUUCCCUAAUUCGUGGCACUGAUCAACCUACCACGCCUUUACUAAUCAGUAAUGAAUCUUCUACCAUUCUAGAGACUGUUAUCCAGGAGCAGAAACACAGUGCGUCAAGGUCCCCCCAAUCUUCCGGCAGUGAUGACAAAGAGUGUGAGGAUGAUAUGUACACCAUUGGUGUUACUAAGGAUACCUCCAUCUAUGAGGGGGCAGAGGAAGCAGCUAAGCUCGAGCAGACACUAGCAAUCGCCUUGGCAACUGUUGUCAACUUUAGGAAGGUACCGAACGACGACACCAGCAAACAGCUAGCGGAGUAUGUACUCAAGGCGUUUAAUACUGAUGACGAGACACUGAGGCAGCAUUGGAAGAAAGCUUCUGCUCAAGAGAAACCAAAAAUAAAGCUUGUUUGUACUGUGAGGAGUUGCUCUAAACUAGAAGCCAAAUAUGCCAAGGGCAAGAGUGAUCUGUAUGUCCGUAUCGGGAUCAUUGAUGCUACACGUCAGGGAGAGGAUAUUGUUAAGAAGGAGAACCUCCUCGACUGGAAGAAAAAGGGCGGAGUCAUGCCCACUGGGGAAAUACAGGAGACAAGUGUACGGAAAGCUACCCUCAACCCUCAGUGGAAUGAGACUCUCGAACUGUCGAUGGUCAGCACUAAACAAGAUUUGCUUGUGGUGGAGGUGUGGGACAGUGACAAGGAUAUGGCCACACCCACCAAGGUCAAGGGCAUUCGUCAUUUUGUGAAGGACCUCCGUAAGACGGAGUACGUGGGACGUGCGUUCUUUUCUCUGUUGGGACUAAAACGUGUAGAGGGCAAAGAGAUGGAGCUUUUCUCUCACUCAGGGAAGAGUCGCCAGGGCUCCAUUAUUAUGGACCUGUCAGUGGAAGAAGUCAAGAAGAACACUCCUCUUGAGGUUGGUAUGUGGGAGCAUCUGCAGCUGACUCAUGCUGUAGUGAACCACGAGGGUCGUGUGGGGGGUCAGUAUCGGAGGAAAUGGAGGGGAGAGUUGAAUGAGGAGGCAGAGAAGCUACUGGACAAGCACGCAGAGUACAGUGGACUCAGUGAAGCACACAAAGCAGUCACUCGUUUCUCUAUUCUGAUCAAGUACCGUGGGACGUUUGCUGUCAAGAUGUCUACUAUCAUUUCUCUCAUCCAGAAAAUCAUCACCCUGACACCGGAAACAUUCACACUAAAGCCCAAAUACUAUACUGAGGGGAAGGUCUCACAUGACUGGGUUGCUGCGUUACUGAAGGACCUUGGAGAGCUAGUGAUGGACAUCGAGGAGGUCUUGAAGAACCACCUCACUCUGCUCAAUAUCAAGGACUCCAAGGAUGUGGAGAGACUGAGGCGUCGUGUGGGCAUUUUGCUCCAGCUGUACAAGUUCACCCCAUUCGUGGAACGCCUCCCUGAAGAGAAACGGUCGUUGUCACAGCUGUUGGAGAAGAGCAUUCAAGCUGCUGUCCCCAGUUGGUUCCUCAUGCUCUGUGCCAAGCUAAUGCCUGACCAGAAUACACCGGACAUGCAGCUGAUUGCUUUCAAGGGUGUCAUUGAGGAUGUUCUCUACCACUGCAAGAUAGCGCUGCAACACGUCAACCCCAUCUUUCAGAGAGCCGGGGUAGACUACUUCACUCCCUUCUAUAUCAUUAUUGACAAACUGAUUUUCGCGGAAACGAUGUACAAACUUGAAAUACGGAACAGCCCUGACGUUGUGACCACGUACGAGGUGUAUACAACCAUCAAAGAAAUCAAAAAGCUCAAAAAGAAUGUUCCGAAAGAACACCGCCAGGAGUUAGCGAUAGAUGUGUCACACGAUAUCUUUCAGAGCAAAGUAGACCAGUGGAUUGAUCUUGCCACAGAGAGAUGCAAAUCAGGCAUAAAGAAAGCCAUUGAGCUAGACAAAGUGGUCCAUGUCACAAACGAUGUCCAGUUCUCAUCCUCGGCUGUUGACGGAGCCGGGUUCCUGUUCCUACUCAUGAAACUCAGCGAUGAGCUUGAUUGGCCAGCUAAGGCGGAGGCAUUUACGUUCAUGAUAUCUGUGGUGAGGAAUGUGUGUGAGUGUGCCCUAUUCUACGUGUCUGAGGCCUGCAAUUGCCUGAGGCCAGAGGACAUGCAUGACGGACAGGGGCACUUUAGGGCCACUGAAAAGCUGAGCAUAGUGCUAAACAAUAUGCAACACAUCAAGACAGUGAUAAUGAAGCAUUUGAUGGAGCACUCACUGGAACAGAGCGGCAAGAAACUAACAGAAGAAGAGCAAGAGAUUCAAACUCACUCGAAGGUGGUUAUGGGAACACUCAUUCAAAGUGCUGGGGAAGACAUUGGCAACAAAAUGGGCAGCAUCAUCAGUCAAAUUGUUUCGAAGAUGAGCCCUGAUAUGAUGACACUUAUUAAGAAGAUUAUGGAGAGAAAGACACCAACGAUUAGUCUAGAGGUAAUAGACCCCGUGAUGACAUACCUGGCCAGCAACCUCCAGACACUAGGCAACCAUCUUCUCACUCCCAUCUUCCAAUUAAUCCUGAGAAACAUGUGGUGUAUGUCUAUUGACUCUCUACAGAAGGUGCUCAACUCUGAUGCAGCCAAGAAGAGUAACGAUCGCAGUCAGUACUAUUCAAAGGUCAAGUUUAUCCUACAGAGCUUCAAGGAGUUCUUCCAUGCUGAUGGUAAUGGGCUCGACUUGGAGAGCUUGAACACCAACAAGUACAAGGAGCUCCUCUAUCAGCUUGACAUUCUGAGCCUCCAAACAGACAAACUGGUCUUGAAAUUCUUCUCUGAUUUGGCAGAUAUUCAAACGGCCCUGGUAAACUCUGAAAAAGAUAAGUACGGAAAGAUUUUGCUCAGUGUGGGCUACCAUCAAGACAAGGAGGUUGUUGAGGUCAACCUCUUCCAGGCCAACAAGCUGCCAAGCCUGGACAGUACAGGGCUUAGUAACCCAUUUGUUGAGUUGACCCUCAUGCCUCCCUGGCAAUUUGGCCACACCCAGUCAAAGAAACAAAAGACCCCUGUCAAAAAGAAGACUGUGAAUCCAGUUUUCAAUGAGGAUUUCAUCAUGCCUGCCAGUAAAGCAUCUCUUCAAACUCGAGGAGCUGUCUUAUUACUGACUAUCUUUGACUAUGACAUGCUUCGUUCCAAUGAUUUGUGUGGAGUGUGCGUCGUACCGUGUGAAGACAUUCCCAUCCUCUCUCCAGUCACUUCAGCCUUUGACAAUCCUGGCGCCAUUGUGAAGAAGAACUUGAUACUACCUCUCUUCAAGAUUCCUGCAAGUACAAUGUCUCUGAAUGAGUUACUUACUCGAGCUAAUUCAUCUGAUCUAAGAGUUGCUGACUUCCUCAAGGAGAAUAAACAAAUUCUGGCAGAUUUAGAUAUCGAUAAUCCCACACUCCAACAGAGCCUUAUGACAAAACAUCUGAAACGGAUCAAAUCGGGUGCAACUGGACUACUUACUAUGGCUUCAAAACUUCGAAAGUCUACAAUCCACUGAAUAUUGACUUUAUAUGUGCAUGCUGCGCCUAUACUUGACUGAUCUUGCCUACAUAAUUAUAUAUAUUUAAGAUUCUACAAAAUUAUAUAUUAUAAUUAUAUACUUGCUGACUUUUAUACGGUACGUCUAUUCACUUGAUUGUUUUUGUGCUGAUUUAUAAUAAAAAUUACUACAAAAGUAAACAAUACAUUUUUAUUAUUAUUUUUUGCACAAAAUAAAAAUAAUUAUGAAAAUUAA